CCCGGAGCCGCCGGGAACCUGCUCGGGUCCUGCGGGGCUCCGGCAUUCCCGGCCGAGGGCGCGCCGCCUCCCAUGCGCCGGGGGCCGCGCGGCUCUCAGCCCUCUCGCCCCCGAGAGCGCCUGGUCGCGGGGCGCCCGGACGGGACGCCGGCGCGGAGCGGAUUUGUGUGCGAUUGUCACUGUGCUGUACCACGGUGAAGAGGUAUUUUUCCCUUCAAGAUACCUUGCAUUAAAAGAUCAUGGUAGACAGUUUAAUAGUUUCUUUGAGACUUCUCAGUUCCCUAGCAGUGCUGGGAUUUCAGUUUGUCAUCCCACAGCCUUCAAUUGAACACAGAAAGGUCCCGCAGAGGAUAGAGGAGCAAGGCGAUGCGCCCGAGGACAGCGGUGCCGGGGUGCCGGGGCUGUGGGGCAGCUGGGGCCCCUGGUCCGCCUGCUCGCGGAGCUGCAGCGGGGGGGUGAUGGAGCAGACGCGGCCCUGCCUGCCCGCCUAUUACCGGGAGCGCUACCGCCGCCCGGGCCGCCACUUCCCGGCCUCCGAGCGGCCUCUGCCCCACCACAGCGCCCGCUACGAGGAGCCGCUGUCCGCCUACCCCGGGCACGUCAUCUCCGCCAUCCGCACCUCCGUGCCGCUGCACCGCAGCGAGGAGCAGCCGUGGGCCGGGCCGCGCAACAGCAGCCAGGGCGGGCGGGCGGCGCUGCGCGGCAGCCGCCACUCGCAGGGCCCGCGGCACGGCGCCAAGCCGGACAAGAGAAACAGAAGCAGAAAUCCUAUUGGUCCAGGGAAGUAUGGCUAUGGCAAAGUGCCCUACAUCUUACCGUUACAGACUGACACGGGCCAGCAGCCGCAGAAGCUGCGGAGGCAGCGGCAAUCGUCACGGAGCGCCCUGGGCUCCUACGGGCCGGCAGCGGCGCCCUCGCUGCAGCACGGCAGCCUGUACCAGGAGCCAGCUGCGCCUCAGCCCGGCCACCGCGGCCUGGGGCCCUCGCUGCAGCACGGCAGCCUGUACCAGGAGCCAGCUGCACCUCAGCCUGGCCACCGCGGCCUGGGGCCCUCGCUGCAGCACGGCAGCCUGUACCAGGAGCCAGCUGCGCCUCAGCCCGGCCACCGCGGCCUGGGGCCCUCGCUGCAGCACGGCAGCCUGUACCAGGAGCCAGCUGCGCCUCAGCCCGGCCACCGCGGCCUGGGGCCCUCGCUGCAGCACGGCAGCCUGUACCAGGAGCCAGCUGCGCCUCAGCCCGGCCACCGCGGCCUGGGGCCCUCGCUCUAUCACCCACCUGCCUUCCCUGCCUCGCAGAGUCUGUUCCACAGCGCCGACUCCAGCCCCCAGGCCCUGCAGGGGCAGCCCCAGCCCCAGAGGGCUGCAGCCAUCGUCUGCAUCGGUGCCUACAAGCAAUAUAAACUCUGCAACACAAAUAUGUGUCCUGAAAGCAGCAGGAAUAUUAGAGAGGUACAGUGUGCAUCAUACAAUAACAAGCCAUUUAUGGGUCGAUUUUAUGAAUGGGAGCCUUUUGCAGAAGUGAAGGGGAGUCAGAAGUGCGAGCUGAACUGCCGGGCCAUCGGCUACCGCUUCUACGUGCGCCAGGCGGAGACGGUGAUCGACGGCACCCCCUGCGAGCCCAACGGCACGGCCAUCUGCGUGGCAGGGCAGUGCAAGAGCAUUGGCUGUGACGACUAUCUGGGUUCUGACAAGGUGAUUGACAAGUGUGGAAUAUGUGGAGGGGACAACACUGCUUGCAAAGUUGUGUCUGGAGUUUUCAAACACACGCUAACAAAUCUUGGCUACCACAAGAUAGUGGAAAUUCCUGAAGGAGCUACUAAAAUCAACAUUACUGAGAUGUCAAAGAGCAACAACUAUUUGGCGCUGCGGAGCCGCUCGGGACGCUCCAUCAUCAAUGGCAACUGGGCCAUCGACCGGCCGGGCAGGUACGAAGGUGGUGGGACAAUGUUCACUUACAGACGCCCCAAUGAGAUCUCCAGCACCGCAGGGGAGUCAUUUUUAGCUGAUGGGCCAACAAAUGAAGUCCUUGAUGUCUAUAUGAUACAUCAGCAGCCUAACCCGGGUAUACAUUAUGAAUAUAUCAUUCCAGGAGACAAUGUCAUUAGUCCUCAGUUGCUUGCUCACAGGAGACCAGGGGAGCCAUUUAAUGGUCAGUUAGGAAUGCCAGAAAGUACAAGUCAUGAAGAUGAGGAUUUGCAUAGAGAGACAGACAUUCUCACUGGACAGUCAGCUGGAACUUUUCCAGUUAUUCAGCCAGGAAGAUUUCCUUCUCAUCAGCCAGAAAACCAGGUGCCUGCUAUGCAACCACCAAGACAAAACCGAGAAUACAACUGGAAACAGGUUGGAAAAACUGAAUGCACUACUACAUGUGGCAAAGGAUCACAGUACCCAAUUUUCCACUGUGUCAACAGAAUCACUCACGAGGAGGUACCUGAGGGUUACUGUGACAGCAGCACCAAACCCAUUCCAGAAGAGGAGGCCUGCAACCUCUUCCCAUGCCCUGCUUUCUGGGAUAUAGGGGAGUGGUCUGAGUGCAGCAAAACCUGCGGGCUGGGAAUGCAGCACCGGCAGAUCCUGUGCCGGCAGAUCUACGCCAACCGCACGCUGACGGUGCAGCAGUACCGCUGCCAGCACCUGGAGAAACCCGACACGACCAGCACCUGCCAGCUCAAGAUCUGCAGCGAGUGGCAGAUCAGGACCGAGUGGACCUCAUGUUCAGUGCCUUGUGGAGUGGGGCAGAGGACUCGAGAUGUGAAGUGUGUCAGCAACCUUGGGGAUGUUGUUGAUGACGAGGAAUGUAACAUGAAGCUGCGGCCAAACGACAUCGAGAACUGCGACAUGGGCCCCUGUGCCAAGAGCUGGUUCCUUACAGAAUGGAGUGACAGGUGCUCGGCAGAGUGCGGGGACGGGAUCCGCACGCGCUCCGUGGUCUGCAUGACCAACCACGUCAGCAGCUUGCCCCUGGAGGGCUGUGGCAGCAACCGGCCCUCGGAAACCACUCCCUGCAGUAACGGGCCCUGCGCUGGGAAAGUGGACUGGUUUGCUGGGGGCUGGACACAGUGCUCUACUGAAUGUGGUAGUGGAACUCAGCAGAGAGAAGUGAUUUGUGUUAGGAAAACUGAAGGUAAUUUUGAUGUUUUGAACCCCUAUGAAUGUUCAGAUUUGGAAAAACCUCCCAGCCAGCAAUCCUGCUACCUCAAACCAUGUGGUUCUAAGUGGUUUCAUACAGAAUGGAGCACAUGUUCCAAAUCCUGUGAAGGAGGAUUUCGGGUUCGGGAGGUGCGAUGUCUGUCGGAUGACAUGGCAGCCAGUACUCAGUGUGAUCCACAACUCAAACCUGAAGAGAAAGAACUGUGUAAUACACAGGAUUGUGUCCCUGAAAUAGAUGAGAACUGCAAGGAUAAAUACUACAACUGCAACGUGGUGGUUCAGGCCCGGCUCUGUGUGUACACCUAUUACAAAACAGCCUGCUGUGCCUCCUGCACCCGUGUGGCAAACAGACAGCCAGGCUUCCUGGGGCACAGAUAACAAAUCCUGCUCUGCUCAGAGCAGCAAUGGCACUCUUCACAUGGAGCUUGAGCAGUGCUGCUUUGACUGCAGCAGUUGUAGCUUCUUAGAGAUGGGGUUUGUGUUGCUGAGUGCAUCAAGACUAUGGUUAAAUCUCACACCCUUUCAGUUACAGUUAUUGUGCAGUUAUCUCUUUUAAGAUGUUUGUUGUAAAAUCUUUUUUUUUUUUAAAGCAUUCAUUUUUAAUGAUACUAUUAUUUGCACCUGCUCAUCAGAUAAUUAUUUAAGGAAUAUAGUGGCCUUAAGAUUGUGAAAUUAAUGAAAGCUAAAAUCAAUUGCAGGCAAUUACUGGAGAUAAUUGACCAGUAUGGAUGCAGCUGCUCCAUUAUUUUCUGAGUGCUGACUUUCACUUGGUAUUUUGGACUGCCUUAAGUUAGAGGACUAAAUCAAUGAAACAUGCAUGAGAAAAAUGACUUCCCAAAGAACCGGACCAUUGAAAAGCAUUUAUCAUCAGUUUCCUAGCACUCUAUAUUUUUAACUACUUCAGUCCAUUCAUAAUAAAUCAGAGUCACUGUUAAGUUCUUUUGGUUGUCCUUUUAACUGAUGUCCUGUCCUUAGGCAUCAAAUAUAUACACACUUGACUGCCAGAAGGUGCCUUUAUAUUUAAUUCAUAAGCUCGUGAAGAUACACUUUUAUAAUUUUGUAUGGAUUUUCAAAUAUGUUUCCUAGCAGAGUGACAGUAGUGUCUGGCUCUGUCUCUGCAGCUGUCAGUGAAACAGGUUAACCAGAAAGGUGAAGAGUCUUUGCUGGUAUAAAAAGUGAUUGUUUCCAUUGGUGAGGUCUCUUUUCUGUAGGGGGGCUUAUUUCAGAACUGGGAUCUUGCCUAAUUCUUGUCUCUGCACUAUUGUUUUAACAGCUGCCAAACCAAAGUACAUUGUUCAGACCUAGUCUGGAUAUGUCACCAGUUUCUGAAACAACCACCAAAGGACAGAGGCCUGUGUGCCUUAUAGCAGUCUCUUAUCUUGGUAUCAGGCAGCAGUAUGAAUCUAGUAGCUGAGUAUCUGUAAAAAGGGGAUCUUAGCUAUUGACAUUCUUCAGGUUUGGAUCAGUUAUUACAACAUAUUUGUCAAUUUUUGCUCAAUCUUUCAUUGCACAGAUCUAUUCAUUACUAUUACUAUUACCUUUUCUGUUACUCAAGAAUGGCUGCAGACUUAAAGCUGAAUUUAAGUGGUGAUUUUUCAUUUCUGCAAUUACUGUACUCAGCCUUGAGACUUGCUAAAAGCAAAUAGUGUACUAUGCAGUGCAGAUGAGGUUUUGCAUUAUCUGCAUAUUUCCUAGCCUUUGUUUGAGAGGUCUUUCAAAUGUGUAAAUAAGGCUGAGGGGGGAAAAUAAACACCUCUGCUUUUUCAGCUGUUUAUUACAGCAUAUUGCUUGUAAAUUAGGGAUGCCCAUCUAUGCAUCUGUUCCUAAGGUGCCUGAUGUCCGAGUUGUAAAACAGCUGUAAUAGUCUGUGUUCAGGCAUUCCCAGAGAUGUGGUUAAGGUAUCCUGCCACGGAUGCAGAGCCAUGUUUGAGCCUCCUUUUCUUACCACUGCUUUGGUGGAGAGGAACGCUGGGAGGCAAAGGUUGCUGGUUGUGAAACCAGUCCCAUCAGCUUGUGUGCUGGAAGCCACAGGAAUGUGGAAUUCCUGUAGUCUGAAAGCUGCCUUGCAUUGAGAUUAACUUCUGAAUGUUUUGAUUUAGUCACUCUUGAAAAGUAUAUUUUGGACAUGAUGAAAUACUACUGUUUGGCUACAUGAAAUGAAGAAGUGUUUCCCCUAAAAUUUGGAGGUACUCUUUGUGACUAUAAAUUGUUGUAUAUCCGCCAAAAAUGCCAUUGGCUGUUUCUGUAUGCUUUGACUUGGGCUUUUUCACUGUAAAUAAUACACAUUAAGUUGUUAUAAAAAGAAACUCUUAAUUAAGAAACUUCUAAUUCAAGUUAUUAAUCUUUGACAGUCCUCCUGUUCCCUUGUAUUAUGAAGAUUUAUUCAUUAAGAUAACUUACAGAUUUGUUAUCAUAUUAUAUUCCUUAGAUCCUUGACCAAAGAAUGAUAUGGAUAAAGUGCAGUGUAAACAGCUCUGGAAUCCAGUACUUCUGAAUAGAGAUUUUCAUCUGUGUAUCUCAUUGCAGCAAAUCUUGACAUACAUUACAUAAUUUUUGCUGUUGUCUCUUUCGUCCUAAGGAAGUGUUUCCUGUCAGCUUGAGGGAAAUAUCCUGUAUAAAAAGGCUUCCUGAAAACCCCAAGGCGAAUGAGAUGCAGAGGGAAUCUGGUUUGCAGUCACAGAACAAGUUCUUCUUACAUGCUUUGGCUGUGAGACCAUCAGUGACUUAGCACAUAGGCAGAUCCUCCUAUUUUAUAAAAUCUGUUAUUUUGCUCUGCAAUAUAUGGCCAUUAGCUUACUUUACAAAGAUGAUCAUCUUGUAGGCUCUGCUAAGCUGCCACUAAUGAAAACAGUGUUUGUGACAGCUAUCAAAGAAUAUAUACAUACACAUAGCAGUAUAAGCCUGUAUUACAUCUAAUAUAUAGAGCUUUGGAUGUAGUGAGCUGUGGUUAUACAAAUUGUACUUUUUUUUUAAGUAAAGAGACAUUUUUCAGAUGUACCAGGUAAAACAAAAAAAGUACGUUUUUACCUAAUUAAAUAUCUAAUGGUAAGGAAAGUGCCAGAGUACUGCUGAACCUAGUAAUCUUCUCAUGUGUCAGCAUUAUUAAAAUACUUGUUCCUGCAAAAUGAACUAAUGAGCCCUUUUCAUCAGCACUUUGAUACACAAAUAUUGUCUGCACAAGUGCUGUGCUAAGAUUUCACCAUCUCACAGAGCAUGAUUUUGAAGUUGUGCCUAUAGCAAGUGUUUGUUCUAAUGGAGCAGUGUCCCAACUUAGGAUGAUGCCUGCAGAGGAUCUUACUUUAUUUUCUCUAAGUUGAAGGUGGCCUUAAUGAAUGUAGAAGACUUAGAGCAGAUAUUAAACCAGUAUAAGUAAGAAAAUAAUGUAUAUUAUCAAUUGCAACUAUCAAUUAUGCACACUUCAGAUUUUUAAUGUUUUAAUUUCUUUUUCUGACAUUUUAACAUCAGUCAAAAGCAUGCAGAAUAGUGAAAAAAAUGCCUCCUGGCCUUGAAGAUGCCUUAUGCAAUCCAAGAAGACCAGAGUAAAUUAAAUGCUUUAUUGAGAGAGUCCAGGUGCUUAUGGGGAAAACCUGCAUGCAACUUCCAUGUCUUACAGACAUACACCUGGCCAAAAUCAGCUUCAUCCAGAGCAGGCUCUGUGUCUCAAAGCACUUUCCUUUUGGAAUGGAGGAUUCCUGGUGCAGUUGUUUAUCAACUUACCAAGGGCUUGUCAGGGUUUGCUAGCUCCUGUGCAAUGUCAUCUUCAAGCAUGUGUAGGUAGAAUUCCUUGUGAACCCCACAUGCACACCAAAUCUGAGAGACUGAAUUCAUGGAGUCCUCCCUUCCUCUCCCAGAGAUGAUGUGGAAGCAUGAGGGUUGCUCUUGUGGGAAUGACCCUGUGAUUGUGUCUGUCUUGGCCAGCAGUGAGACAGUGUUUGCUUUGCUGUCUGUGACCUUCAGCCCCCAGGGCCCAGAGUAGGGAAGGGCUGUUGGAGUCAGGCAGUGCUGGGGAGUGUAGCACAGGAGACCUGGGUGUGCUGCAGCCCUGCCAGCCCUGAAAUCCUCCCAUCCUGGGUGGCCACAAGCUCAGUGCAGGACCACCCCUGCACUGGGAACUGCUGUCAUCCUCAUUACACACAUAUACUUUUCCUCCUUUUUCCCAAUACUUCAGCAAAUAGAGAACUUUGUGUAUGAAUAAAGCAGUGUUUGUUAUUGCUUAGAUCCCAGUUUUAUGGCAAUAUGGUGCAGUCUUGUAUCAGUCAUAUAGUCAUAGUCCUAGGAAGUGCCAGUGCUCAUCACUGAGGGAGGAAGGAGGGAGGUGCUCAAACAGCCUAUGGCUCAUAUAGUAGGCUUUGCCUCCUCUCUUUGUAGUGUGUACCAGUGUAAGUAGUAAAAUGUGCCUUUUAGGGCUUUGCUUUUCCCCGUCCUCAUCCUGAUCUGUCUUUUUACACCAACACCAAGGCUUCUCCUCUGCUUCUUAUCUGACUUUCACCCCUUUGACCUCUGGAUGACGAUAUUAAAUAUUGUGGGAAUUACUGAAAAUCCUGAACUGGCCUUUGGUUUAUAAGAAUCUGUGUUAGAAAUAGGCCAUGCUGUUAAGAGAGCUGUAUUUUUGCCAGCCCCUGGAUUUUUGUGUCUGUGCAUAUCUAUGUUGGCUAGUUUUAAAUGCAAGUAGUAAAGGGUAAAGGAUAUACUGAAUACCUGUGCAGUGAACCUGUGGUUGCACAGCUAAUGAAGUCUGUAGUGACUCUUUAUUCUCUUAUGUAACAUCUAUUGCACAGAAAGAGUUAUGGUCCUCACAAAGGAAAAGCUGUGUGUUUACCUAGUUUCCUUGAGACAGUAUCUCUGACUUCUUAGGGCUGUUCUGUAUAUUGGGCAGAUAAUUUGUGUGUAUGCCUGUAAUUGGAACAAAAAACAUGAAAUUUUGAGCAUGAAAGUAAACUUCAUUUAUUUCUAAACUUACAGAAUAUUUGUGGGAGAUUAAAUUAGGUAUUGUUUAGAAAACACAGUAAAAUAAUUAUUUCAACAUCAGAAAUGAAAAAUCACCCACUAAACAUUUUCAAUAUAUUUUAAAGCAAGGUUGUAAUCAUUAUAAUGUUUCACUGUAGGCAAAAUUCAGACCAGAGGAAAGGGAGAAAAUUCCAUUUAAGGGAAUUCAUAGUAGACCUGAAUUUGGUUCUUUGCUUCUCAGUUUUUACUAACCAGAAGUUCAGAGGAGUGAGAGUCCCCAGUUUCCUAUAUCCCCAUGUACUGUAAUUGGAUACAGAUAAGCACCACCAUACCAUCAAGACCGGUGGCCUUGGCAGGGUUGGGUACAUACGAGCUUGUGAAGUCCCAUCAUAGGCACUCAGGAUCCAAGAGAGGAUCAGGAAGGACGGGAGACAAAAGAAACCCUAACUUUUUUUUUAAUAUGUAUAAAAUUGUCUACUUGACCCUCAUAAUUGAUUUUGGCAGAAGGAUAUACUUUAUUAUAACUUAUUUUGUUGUUAUUUGUAAAUACAAGAUGUCUAUGGGAAAUAUGUAAUUCUGAGCUGUGUCUAUGGAACAAGCCACUGCACCAAAAUAUUUCAAAUAUUUAGAAUAGGCAGAUUUUUUUAUUAAAAGGGACCUAAUAUGUAUUUAUUUACAUAUACCAUUCAAAUUUUGUCCAGCUUUUUCAUUAUACUAACCCAUCUUUUUAGAGAAUUUUAUAGCACAGGUAUUACAUAUAUAUUUUUGUAUAUAUGUCAUACUGUAAAUCCAUAAUACAAUUUUCUAAACUUUCUGAUUAGCCAGUUCUUUGAGUGAAUUAAAGGGGGAGAGUGUAGGCAAAUUGCUUUCUGACUCGUUCAGGAAUAUAUAUCCGUGGCAAUGUACCUGAACCAGAACUGUACAGCAUCAUUUUCAUAUUGUACACAUUUUCUCUUUGAUGAAAAAAUGUUAACUAUUUUUGUUUAUGACUAAUUUAUUUUUUAUUAUUGUGAAAAAAUAAAGUAACUCAAUAUGAAUUUA